AUGGCGAAGGCUAAGUCCUCUGCGACCUCCGCGACACGCAAGAAACACGCCCGGAAGGCGGCUGCACCAGUUGGCCAAGCCGAGGAACCCCAGAUACCGAAGGAGAAAAAGGCAAGCAAGAAAGAGAAGAAGAGCAAGGAGCCCCGCAAGAAAGUCUAUAUCCCGCCAGUCAAGCCUGCGCCAGUGCAACCGGAUCCGCUCGACACCCUGGGGAUCGCGCAGAAACUACCGCCGGAACUGCUCGUUGUCCUCCGAAGGCUCGCGAAGAAGGAUUCGAUCACGAAGCGACGUGCGCUGGAAGAUUUUCAAACGGGUUGGGUCGACAAAGCCAGGAGCGAGAACGGGUUGUUGGAGGUCAUUGCGGAGACCCUUCCAGUCUGGGUCGUUGAACCCCGCUCAUGGGCUGUAGUAGCUACACCACAUCCCGCUCUUUUUCUUCACCCAUCUCGGCGCAUUCGGCUCCUUGCCGUCGGUCUGCAUACCUCCUUGCUUCGCCUACCUGCGGACAUCUCGACCCAUCUCUUCUUCAAUCUACGCGAGGUUCUCUCGGCCGACCAAACCGAGUAUAUAUUAGGUUCGUGGCUCCUUGCCGCGCACGAUGUCGACCGCCAGGUUGCCUCGCUCGCCCGAGAGUCCUGGAUCCGCUCAGUCGCCUUGUCCACUUCUCCACGACCACUCGGUCUGGACGCUGAGCAAGUGCAGCGACUCUGGAACUUUACGCAUCGGACUUUGCUCGAUCCGAGCGGCGUGUACUUGUACGUUAACCCUCCGCAGCCCGCCGCACCACCACCACCACCACACAAGAAGGGCGCAAAGUCGCCGCCUACGAAGAGAGUCCAGGAGGAGGACACCGGCAGAGCGAAGCCAGAGGAGGAAGAAGAGAAUGAGGCUGAUCGCAGGGCUAGACUGCGCAUGGGAGCGUGCGGGUCGGCGGAGUGGAUGCUUAGUGCCGUUGUCGCGGAAAGGCCUGAAUAUUUAACGAACGAGUUCGUGGCGCCCUUCGCGAAUCCGGCCUUGUGGACGGCUUUGUAUCAUGCCCAGGUGCCGCCAUUCGUCGAGGUCGAGAGCUUCGGCUGGAAUCAACCCGGUGUGCGCAGGGCGGCGUGGUCAUUACUGCAGACGGCUCUUCGGACGUGUAAAGAACUGCUCGACACACUGCUUACAGUGCUCAGUCGGGCUAUUCUGCGCUCAGCCUGGGUAGAGCCAGACCCCAUUGUCAGGUCAGCAAUGUGGCAGCCUCUCUUGACGUUCCUCCGAGAACACCCAAUCGCUUGGGAGCUCGACGCCCGAGACGAUGAAGGGGAGGAUGCUGAAGAGGACUCAGACGCGGAUGACGAUGAACUCACGCAGGAGGCACAGGUCGAUAAGUCGACGACACCGACAACAACACCCCCUCCGUCUCGAGCCUUCCGCGAGUUCCUCCAGUUCCUCGAGCUAGGAUGCGCGGGAUCACCAUUGCAGGGCUAUCCUACCAUCAUAAUCAUCAUAUUCACGAUCCCACCCGCGAUAUGGGGCGCAAGCUCGAACACCCCUCUCGAUGACUUCUUCACCUCCUUCUGGUCAGCCGUGGAUGGACGCGCACUCUCUGGGCUCGACAAAACAGCGACGAGCGCCGCGUUCUUCUCGGCAGUCCUGGAGUGUCUCACCUUCCUCGUCAGACGCCUGCUGCAUUGCCCUUUAGAGGACGCGCAACUUCUGAUACACGGUUCAUCCACCGAAGUCGCCGACGAUACAGAGGCUGAUCGUCAGCAGGCGGCGCGGAAGCUCGUAGCGAACCAAUUUGCUACCGCGUUGGAGGCGCUGAAUGAGCGGCGACUGAGGAUUGAACCAGCAACAGCUGCGGGCUUGAUGGUCAAGUCGUUGACGGGGCUUUACCAGCUCAAUCGUGAGCUUUUCUCUGCCGCUUGGGACUCGUUGUCGUCUGGCAUCCUGCCGGCAUUGGGCAACCAAGACGGCGGUAUAUCUCCGAUCGCGUCGACUAUCCUGAAAACAUUCCAGCACCAGUUCGAGAAGGAUGGCGAACAAGUGGCCGCUGUGAAUGCGCUCGUCGCCAAGGUAGUGCAACACGCGAUCAAACGCUGCGAGGAGAUCCUCCAGUCGGAUGAAGCUCCCGCCCAGGGUCAAGUCGACGCGCUUGUGGGCGUUCUGGGUACAUUCGAAGGCGCUGUGUUCAGUGAUCCAGCGGUGACCAAGGCCAUCGACGAAACUGUGGGCCAGCACUUGCGACGCGUGUUAGCCGUUGCUCCCUCGCUCUUGCUGACCUACCUCUUUCAUCGUCAAGACGAGGCGCUAUGUCUGCAACUGUGGCAGGAUGUCUUACGCACAUUGGCUGGGUCGUCGGGAAGCAUCGAGGAUGCCGUCUCACCGUUGCUCGACGCUCAGGAGAGCGGCGCACUCCCUGGCUACCUGCAUGCUGAUGAAGGCGACUUCGACGACGUUAUCGGUGACUUCUCGCUAGGGUGCUUUCCGGACCUGCAAAGGCAGUCCCAAUUGACGCAUUUAACAGGGCCGUUUGGCCUGGUGGGAAGUCUGUGUUCGGCAUUGAACAUGCACAUCCCUGCUGUUUGGACGGACGCAUCCGCGUCGCUCGCCGUCUUCGGCGUGUCGUGGAGCCUGCUGGAGACGACGGAAGGUUCGAUCGCCUUGUUCGCCGAGGUCUUUCUCUUUGGGAACUUGCUGCCGACUGUACGGGAGGCCGACGAGCAGCAAGUAGCCACGACUCGGAAGCUUUGGCAGACGUGGCUGCAUGGAAGUCAAGAGUGUCAGCGGGCCACAGUAGCUGUCGUGAAGGGCAGACUGCGUGAAUUGCUGCUGGAUACUUCGUCACUAGCGAGCCCCGCGGAAAUUUUACUCAUGCUGAAGACACGGGAUGCUUCAUUCGACGUCAAACUUUUGUCGGACAUCCUGCCCUCCAGGAAAUUACUCGACGACAUGCUCGAUCGCUUGCCAUCCGUAGCGAGUGAUGCGAGCCUUGCUGUCAUAGAUCCGCUUGUUCCUCCUCCUUUGUGUCACGAGCCACCUGCAACAAGCCUUGACGCUGAUCUGUCUGGCCUAUCGCAAUACGCUCGAGCCGUCGAGGCCUUACUCUUGUGUCUUCUUGACGACAGGCAUGCCGCAAAAGAGAAUGCCUGGGCAGUUCGACAUCUGCUAGCGUUGUCGCUAUAUGCGGACGAACUGAUCCAGUUACCGACGUCGAGGAACCCUGUUUUCUCUGCCUCCGUUUCGAGGUCGAGACUCCAUGACCUUAUCACGAAGGCAAGGCAAGUCGCGAUGUACGUGUUGUCCUCAUCGCAGGACGAAGGGUGGAACUCUGUGGUCGUGGACAGCAUCGCGGCAGAUGAUUACAGCCAGCUUGACGCCGUCGGAAGGCUUCUCUGGGACCUGGUCAGCCACGGUCAACGAUUUGACACCGUACGGGAGUCCCGUAUCCUUCACGCGAUACUAGAACACACGUUUAGGAGCAUCUCGAAAGUUGAAGCGGGGCAAUGGGCGCAGCUCGCCCGGAAGCUGGAGCGACAAGCGCCCCACACAUCCCUUGCUAUCGUGUACUCGGUCACCCAGUAUGCGCCUGAACCGCCAAUUCUCGAUCGAUACAGGAACGAACUUGCAGCUGGAGUUCUCGGUGUGCCAGCGUCGAAGGCGAAUACGCAAGGCUUAUGGAUACUCCGCAGGCUAGGAGCAACUGCACCAGACCCCGAAUCCGACGUUGUCUUCUUACCGCAACCACGCGCGGUCAAUUUGAUGAAGACUUGCCAGCAAUAUCGACGAGGAGUCGAGAGCGAGAUGACGUUGAUCUUCUUGUACCUAGCACCGAUCUUGCAGAACGUACCAGGAGCUCACUGGGACUUGAUUUUCGACGUGAUGGAGAACAAUCUUGAGAGCUCCGCUCUCACGGAACAGCCCUCCCUUGUCAUUCUCAGUAGGACACUGAGAUUGUUGAUUGCUAUACAAGAUCUAGCCUCGACGAACAAGGCUCUUCGUGAAGUCUGGCAAGACAGGGAGACUACAUGUUUGAGUUUCGUUCGCGACUUAGUCUCGGUGAAGCUGGAGCCCGAACAGAUCUCGGCGCCGCUCUCUGCAUGUCGUGAGCUUGCCUUGCAGAUUGUACAAGAUCUUCCGGAGUCCCUCAUGGACCGGACCACUAUCUCCAAGAUGUGCCAUAUCAUUGAAGAUCCCGCAAUCGACGUUCAAAAGAUGGCCUAUCGGCUUCUACACGAGGCAGCCAGGAAGUACACGGAGCACAUGGUAAUCGAAGCUGCGGUUGAAUCCGAGGAUCCCGUAAGGAUAGAGCUACCGGUGGAACUCAUCCAAAUUCUGCAACGUGACCUUAGCGCGGAAGAGGAUUCGGGCUUCGAGUAUCAGCAUUCUUCCGGUUAUUUCCUUGCAUGGAUGCUGGCCUUCGACCACUUCGCGAACGCUCAUAAUCGCUAUUCUUGGCCUGUAUGGGGAAGCACGAAACCAUUCAAACUCGAUAUAUGGUCCAUCGAAGAGUUGUAUCUUGACUCAUACUCUGGAGAUUCGGCGUUGAGCAUCGGCCUCUUGGCGGCUCAUUUGUACUACCGCGCGCUUCUCAUAGUGCCGUCUCUCAUCCGCAACUGGCUCUCCGAAUGCCGCGAUCGUCAGUUGCUUAACAGGGUAUCAACCUACACGGCGUCCUACUUCUCCCCCGCAAUCAUCCAGACCGAGUUGACCCAAGUAAAAGACCCAGACGCUGCGGCCGAGCUCACGGACGAGAACCUCACGAUCAAGGUCUCGAAUGCGGUGAAUGAGGUCACAGCCUCGUACGCGGUAGACGAGCACCAGCUCGGGCUGACGGUGAAGUUGCCAUCCGACUACCCGCUUCAUGGCAUCGAGAUCCGGGACAACAAACCGGUGGGUCAAAUUAUCUCCUACAGAAGUGGGAGCAUCACCGACGGCCUGAGUUUCUUCAAGAAGAAUGUCUCGUCUCACUUCGAGGGUCUCGCGGAGUGCGCGAUCUGUUAUUCGAUCAUCAGUGCGAUGGACGGCAGUUUGCCGCGGAAACCGUGCAGGACAUGCAAGAAUCGCUUCCACGCCGCGUGUCUGUACAAGUGGUUCAAUUCAAGCCACUCGUCCAGUUGCCCGUUGUGUCGCUCGGAGAUGGUCUGA